AUUGCUCAUAGCUGGUCCUAUAAUUCAAACUCUCUUCUCUUUGCAUUUGGCAAGAUCUGAUUCCCCUCUUCACAGGGAAACGGGAAAUACAAAUACAAAUAAAGGUGCAGUUUGGUGCAAGUGUGACAUUCAAGUUGCAAUCUUUUUGUUCAGAGAGAUAAAGGGUCAGAACAAGAUAUUUUAGAUCUGUCACUUCGUUUCAGUUCAGGAUCAAAUUAAGGAAUGCCAAGAAAAUGGGGAGGAAGGGAAAUUGGUUUUCUACUGUAAGGAAAGCUCUCAGUCCUGAUUCAAAGGAGAAGAAGGAUCAGAAAUCAAGUAAAUCAAAGAAGAAAUGGUUUGGGAAGCAAAAGUUGCAGACUGCACCCUCGUACUCAGAAACUGAUAGAGCACCACCUCUUCCUCCACCUCCUCCACCAGAAGAAAUUAAAUUAACUGAUAUUGAAAAUGAAUACGGUCACAAUCACGAUCAUGUUGUUGAAGUUGCAGCUGCCAUGGAUGUUGAGGAACCUGCUCCUGUUCCUGCCCCCUCUGUUCAGACAGCACCUGUUAGGGUUCAAGCUUCCACAAUUGCUCGGUUUACCGGCAAACCAAAGGAUGAAGUGGCAGCUAUCAAGAUUCAAACAGCUUUUCGGGGAUACUUGGCAAGAAGAGCAUUGCGGGCUUUAAGAGGGCUGGUCAGGUUGAAAUUAUUGAUGGAAGGGCCCAUUGUAAAACGCCAAGCCACAAGUACCCUACGUUCUAUGCAGACAUUAGCUCGCUUGCAAUCUCAGAUUCGUUCCAGGAGGAUCAGAAUGUUGGAGGAGAAUCAGGCUCUGCAGAGACAGCUCUUACAGAAGCAUGCAAAAGAGCUUGAGAGCAUGCGGAUCGGAGAGGAAUGGGAUGACAGCCUACAAUCAAAGGAACAAAUCGAAGCCAAGUUACUAAGCAAGUAUGAGGCUGCUAUGAGAAGAGAAAGAGCACUGGCUUAUGCAUUCACUCAUCAGCAAAACUGGAAGAAUUCAUCAAGAUCUAUCAAUCCAAUGUUCAUGGAUCCAACCAAUCCUACCUGGGGUUGGAGCUGGUUAGAACGAUGGAUGGCUGCUCGGCCUUGGGAGAGCCGUGGCCUAAUGGAUAAAGAGCCAAAUGAUCAUUCAUCCGUAAAAAGUUCAAGCCGCAACAUUACUGUUGGAGAAAUCAGCAAGUCAUUUGCUCGUUUCCAGCUCAAUUCUGAAAAGCAUUCUCCAACAGCCAGCCAAAAUCCUGGCUCACCAAGUUUUCAGUCCACUCCUUCCAAACCAGCUUCUGCAGUAGUUGCUAAGAAACUGAAGAAGGCAAGUCCAAGGGGCAGCUGGGUUAUGGAUGAUGACUCCAAAAGCAUGGUGAGUGUACAGUCAGACCGAUUCCGGAGGCACUCAAUUGCCGGGUCAUCCGUGAGAGACGACGAGAGCCUUGCUAGCUCUCCAUCUGUUCCAAGUUAUAUGGUGCCAACUCAAUCUGCAAAAGCUAAGUCCAGGACACAAAGUCCAUUAGCCACUGAAAAUGGAAAAACAGAGAAAGGAUCCUUUGGAACUGCAAAGAAGCGUCUUUCUUUCCCGGCUUCACCUGUCAAACCAAGGCGUCAUUCAGGUCCGCCCAAGGUAGAAACUGUGGACAAUGGUGUGGACAGUUGAUCAUAUAACCAGAGUAAAAGGAUGGAAAGGAUUAAAGUAGGAUUGAAAAAUAUCACUGAAGAAAUAAAACAAAAUUUUUAUGUUGAGUGUUUCAUUUAUUUAUUUAUCCUAUUUUUAUGUGUAUCCUAACGUUUCUUGGAGGUUUCUGAUUUUGGGUGAAGAUUGUUUUACUUACUAUAUUUAUCAAUUUGUAUUUUUAUUCACUUUCUCACCAUUUGCUCUGAGGGGAAGAAAUGUGGUUCUUGAUGGUCAACUGACAAAAAGAUAAACCAGCUGUCCGAUUCCUUUUUAUGCUUCCUCAAUCAAGGACAAGUAUGAUUCUGGUCAAAGUUCCUCAUUCUUGAUUCUCAAUUGUGAUAUAAAUGUAAAUUUAAUUUCACUGUCUCAGCUCUUUGAUGCUACUGUGUUUUGCUCUGAAAAUUGAAAUUAAAGACACUUGCAUUAGUAUAUAUUGUCAUAUAUAAACUAUAUUCAUAUUUUGAAC